ACUGCUUCAGCCUCCUGAGUCCUGGGAUUACAGGUGUGUGCCACCACGCCCUGCUCUUCUGUGGGGUCUUGUAUGUCUCAGAAUUCUAUUAUUUCCUAAGGAUAGAAAUGAACUUUCAUGUAAUAAAAUCUACAAGUAUUUGUAUUUAUUUCUUACUUCAAAGUCCUUCCUCAGAAGUCCCUUUGCUGCCCAAUACUUAAGAUAGAUUUUCAUCUGGUAUAAAGCACACUUUUUAAGAAGAAAUGUCUGGAUUUGGCCCUGUCCCUUCCUUAUCUGUCCAGGAACCUGUCAAAUGUGCCAGCUGAGCACUGGCCAUGCUGUGCAGAGACAAGAACCCUGAAUUUCCCCCCUCAGCUGUGGGUGCAGAAGCCCUUGCUGGUCCUUCUGGACCCACCAGGCUGUAUCCAGUGGAUGGAUCCAAGAGUGGGUGGGUGAGAUGGGACUGGUUCUUCUGAACACCUGGCCUGGCUGCCAGGGCCUGCCUGAGGAUGGAGGAGGAGAGGCUCAGUAAGGAGCCUGGCCUCCUGUUCCAGCCCAGGAAGAGGCCCAGCUCUUCUGAGAAUGGAACAGUUAAGUCCUUCAACUGAGAUGAGGGGUGAGGGCAUGGCACAUGCCUGAGCCAGCAGGUGAGCUUCUGCGGAUUAAAGAUCAUGUUCAGCCACAGUGGCCACACCCCAUCUGGUGCCUGUGUCUGGUGCCCUUUGUCCUUCCUCAGGCAGCUGAGAGCUGAGGGAGCCUGGGUAGUGGGACCUAGGGCCAUUCAGACUUCGACUGCUGGCAGUAUUACUGGCAUCCCAAGGCAGCAUGGUGUCCCUGAUGGGAGGCUCUCAGAGGUCGCUCCGGACGAUCCUCCUCUUUCUGGUGCUAGCUGUGCUCCUGCUGGUUGGCCUCCUGCACAUGUAUGUUGGGCUGUUCCUGCCUCAGCUCAUGGUUGAGGUGGAGGGGCCACCCGUCACCAACAUCAUGUUCCUCAAGACACACAAGACGGCCAGCAGCACAGUGCUCAACAUCCUCUACCGCUUUGCUGAGAUGCACAACCUGUCUGUGGCGCUGCCCCAGGGCCCCAACAUCCACCUGGGCUACCCCUGCCUCUUCACGGCACACUACGUGGAGGGCGCCCUGCAGGCUGGCCCUCACCUGGGGCCUCCCCGACAAUUCAACAUCAUGUGCAACCACCUGCGGUUCAACCUUCCUGAGGUGCAGAAGGUCAUGCCCAAGGACACCUUUUACUUCUCCAUCCUGCGGCACCCGGUCGCCCACCUCGAGUCCUCCUUCACCUACUUCAAGGACUACACACCAGCCUUCCGCGCCGCGCGCAGCCUGGAUGCCUUUCUGGAGGCGCCACAACGCUUCUACAACGCCAGCGCUGGGCUGAGGAACGCGUAUGCGCGCAAAGGCAUGUGGUUCGACCUGGGUUACGACAGCGACGCGCCGGCCGAGGACGCCUAUGUGCGCGCGCGCCUGGCCGAGCUGGAGCGGCGCUUCCAGCUGGUGCUCAUCGCGGAGCACUUCGACAAGUCUAUGGUGCUGCUGCGGCGCCUGCUGCGCUGGCGGCUGGAUGACCUCGAGGCCCUGUGUCUGCCGGUCGGGGCGAUUCGCAGCGGGGCUAGCAUCGCAGACCCGCAGCUGCGCCCCUACCAGUCCGGUGCAGCCGACAUCCUGGGCUACAUCCUGCGGCCGGACCUGGACAAUGCCACGCUGCGCCUGUGUCUGAGAAUGGUGACACCCGAGGUCCAGUACAUGGCCCGCCUGUACUCGCUGCAGUUUCCUGAGAAGCCCCCCAAAAAGAUACCCUUCCUGGAGCAGUAGGGCGACUCUCCUUCCCAGCCUUCCCUGGAGACCCAUACCACAGACCACCACUGUAAGAGUGAGAGCUGCAGAUCCUCAGGCUCACCACCCGGGACACAGCCCACCUGGCCAGAGGAGGGAGUCCUCCCAGGCCACCCUUCCCCUCCCCAAUGAACACAACCCAGGCAGGCCAGGCUGUGGUCCAAAGGGCCUCAGAGCAGCUCCCUGAACUUCCCCUCCCCAAGGACCUGGCACUGGUCCCUGAGGACAUGCCUGUGACCUCCCUCAGAGCUGGGCCUGGGUUUGGCAGGAUGGCAAGCAGUUUAUUGCUGACUGAUAACAGUUCAGAUCGAGAGAUGAUGCCAAGCUGUUUACAAGACAAAGGGUUCAGUUGAGCUCAGGCUGAGCGAGCUCCACAUUUACCUCUAGCACUGGUUGAGGGGAAGCCUCAUGACCCAAUAGAGCUGGGAAUGGCCUGUGAGACCUUGGUAGUCUGAGGACCAUGUUGGAUGGGUAGCCCUCUUCCUUUGUCAUUCACGGAGAAACCUGAGGUCACUGUGUAGUAGGAUGUGGUUCCUGGCUGCCUGGGGACCAACGGGUAGAGUGGGGUCAUGCACCUGCCACCACAUGCACUGGGAAAAGUGGGCUACCCAGAGCACCCAGGAAAUGUAGGCACUCACAUGCAUAGCCAGAACCUGUGUGUGUGUGUGUGUGUGUGUGUGUGUGUGUGUGUGUGUGUGUUCCUUUUGUCACCCAGGCCCUCAGCCCCAAAGAUCCUGCAUUUCCUGCGCAUCUAAUGUGGGGUGUGUCAAGGUGGUCCCUGCUUUCAGGGGAAUCAGCAUUUCACAGAAAGGGUAGAUGGCCCAAGCAAUUAGAACAGGGAGCUCCCAGGGACACUUUACGAAGGACAUUUGCAGUAAGAUUAGGGGUGUUAUGGUGAACUCGAGAGUAAAAAAGAAUAUUUGGAAAUUGAUACAACUUCCAAACAAACCUGACUAGAGACAGUGAAGGUGUGUGUGUGUGUGGGGUGUUUGCUGAGAGCCAGGGUAGGAGAUGUGAUGGAAAUCCCUGUUAAAAGUGGCAGCAGAAGUCAUAUCUGAGGUGAGCCCAUGUGCAAAUAAUGAGAGUCCUUGAAACAGGAAAAGGUGAGACAGAAGAAUCCCAGUCAAACCAGGAAUGAGAAAAAUUGCCACAUGUUGAGGAAAUACUGGAGUUUUUCAGCACAAGUUCCCACUUGAGCACCAGGUGGGGUCUACAGCUCCCUCAGAGAAUAUGGGCAGGUGUGGGAAUCCAGGGGGAGGGAAGAACACUGUGCCCUGGAAACAGCAGGUGACCAGGUGAGGAGGGGAUGGAUAGGUGUCUACUGUGCCUGCAGCCCUGCCCAUGCCCAGUCACACCUGCAAUGCUAGUCUCACCUGCAGCAAUUGUGAAACUGAAGUCAAAUUAAACAGCAUUUAAUGCCACUUUGUUUUUGUCUUUCAGGGUUAGUGGAAUUUAGACUAUUGCCACUAUUUUGGGAGGAAAUUUGGGAGUAUUUACUACAAUGUAAAAAAGCCCAUGGCUUGUGAUAGAGAAUUUUGGAAAUCAUUUGUUCAAAUUGUCCAUUAAACGGGAGUGUUUGAAAUACUGCUGUACCAUGGAGCCAAUAAAAUCUGGGAACAUAGGGUGUGGCUUAAACUUCUUU